AGACGUUGCUGCACAGCUGCUGCUGCUGUUAGAUUUGCCUUUCAAGUGGUCCGUGUGGACUUUUGAAACUAUUCUUUAAAUGACAGCUAAGAAAACUCGCUGGUGCACAGUGUCAGAUGCUGAACAGAGGAAGUGUGCAGAGCUGGCUAAAGCUCUGGGGGCAGUGACUCAUCCAGCCACCUUGGGGGCUGACACCAGACUCUCGUGCAUACGAGCAUCCAGCACAACGGACUGCAUCAACAGGAUCAGGGGAAAGCAUGCUGAUUUAGUGACACUGGAUGCAGGAGAACUCUAUACUGCUGUAAAACAAUUCGGCCUCUUUGCUGUUGCCAAGGAGAUAUACAGGGAAGGAGGCUGUAUUCUCUCUGUGGCUGUGGUGAGAAACAGCAGCCUGGACAUAAGAUCCCUGCAGGGCCACAAGAGCUGUCACAGUGGGGUCAGGUGGACGGCUGGAUGGAGUCUCCCUCUCGGCUUCCUGUUAUCCAGAAACUACCUGAACUGGUCAAAGGAGCAGCCUCUUAGUCAAGACAUUAGUCACUUCUUCAGUGCCAGCUGUGUUCCAGGGGCAGCUGUCAUGGCCCCUUCUCUGUGCUCUCUGUGCCAAGGCAAAAAGUCCUUUAUACACCAGAAAAAUCAGCACUGUGAAACGUCCCACAGCGAACCCUACUACAGCAGCCAGGGGGCCCUCAGAUGUCUUAAGAGUGGAGCAGGGGACGUAGCAUUUGUGGACCAUUUGGUCCUUGAAAGUAUUAGUGAGAGCGAGAGCGAUGAGCUCAGGUUGCUCUGCGCUGAUGGGACGCUGGCUCCUCUCAGCCACUACAAGCGCUGUAACCUGGGUCGGGGUCCAGGAGGAGGCACAGUCACCAGACUCAACUUUCGCAAGUUUGCUCGCGAUUUUCUAAAGCUAGUGGAGCACCUGUUUGGCCAAAGGGGGAAAGCGAGGCAACGUUUCCAGCUCUUCAACUCAUCAACCUUUGGGGAAAGCGAUCUUCUUUUUAAAGACGUGACAGACAAACUUGCAGUUCUUCCCGAUGACAUAGACAUCAGUCAGGUUCUGGGGCUGGAUUAUGUGGCUCUGCUCAAAGGUCUUGGACAUGAAGGAAGCUCCCUGGAGGACAGUGUUGUGCGAUGGUGCUGUAUAAGUCAUGCAGAGCAGAAGAAAUGUGAGCAGUGGGCUCUCAACAUAAAGUCAGAUCCACUGGUUUGUGUUAGAGGGACCUCGAUGCGUGACUGCAUUGAGAAAAUGAAGAAGGAUGAGGUGGACUCUGUCUCACUGGAUGCAACUCACACGUUCAUUGCAGGGAAAUGUGGCCUCGUCCCUGUAGUUACAGAAUAUUAUGGAAGGAAAUGUGUGCCUGUUGAAGAGUCAAGCCGCUUAGAGACAGAUGCGCUGCCCUCGGUGGUGGGUGUAGCUGUGGCAAUGCGUUCUAGCAGGAGCGUCUUCAUGGGGAACCUGCAGGGGAGGCGCUCCUGCCACGGCCACAUGUACAGCCCUGCAGGUUGGGUGCUGCCCCGCACACACACACUGGGUGUGGGACAUAACAGCAGCUCCCCCUGUGAUCCAGACAAAGUGUACAGCCAGGUGUUUUGGAAAGGCUGUCUUCCUGGCUCAAAGGGGAAUCUCUGUAGCGUGUGUGUGGGAGGCACCAGGAAGGCUGCAACCAAACGCUGUGCUGAUCACCACAAUGAGCGUUACUACGGCAACAUGGGGGCGUUAAGGUGCCUGGUUGGACAUCCCAGUGUGAAAAGCUUUGGAGAUGUGGCAUUCCUAGAGCAGCACAACCUUCAGGCCAACAUCCUCAGUUUGAACUCCUCUGGUUGGGCAAAGGGAUGGACGUCAUCUGAUUUCGAGCUGCUGUGUGCUGACGGUCGUCGGGCUCCGUUGUCAGAGUGGGAAAGCUGUAACCUGGGAGUCAUACCACCAAACACCGUCAUGACACGGCCAGUGCUCACAGCACGAGUGUAUGACUUCCUCAUGAAGUCCCAGGAAACACUGGCAACAAACACUGAGUUCAAGCUCUUUGAGUCUCACCAAUAUGGAGAGAGUGAUCUGCUGUUUAAAGAUGCAACACAGUGCUUUGUCCACACAAGCCACGUGGACUACCGCUCCAUCCUCGGUGAGGAGUUUACCAGCAAUGCAGAAACUAUCUUCAACUGCACACACUCUGAUAUCUUGGAGUUUUGCAGCCAGGACAUUUGCAGCAUAUUCUAACAAAGAAGACAUUUUAACAUUGGUUCAACCCCUCAUCCACAGCAAUGCAUGAGAAUUUUCACAAAUUCAUUUUCAUUCAAAAGUUCCAACAGCUACACAUAUUUUUAUUUUACCUUUGCAUGAGCCAAAAGUUCCUCAAACAGUACAGAUGUGUGUCAGUCUGGUUUAAAUGUGGAGACAGUGACGACGAUAAGCUCAUACAGGUUCUUCAAAAUGCUUGAAAACUUUGUUGUACAAAUGAGCCAAUAACGGUAACAUUUAUUUUGUUUUUAUGCCACCUCAUAUGGAGGUAACAGAUAAAUGACAUUUGUGACAUUAAAUUGCUUAAUGAAAAUAUAUAAAAUAUUUAAACCCUGGAUUAAAAAUGUAUUAAAAUUCAAUAUUCUUUAGUUUAAACCUGCACUAAAUUCAUAGCAGUUUACAGUAAAUCAGUAGAUGGUUAAUAUAAAAAGCUUCAGCUGAUAUGGACACUUUUGUUUUUUAAUUGCUCAAUGAAAAAUAAUAAUAAGCUGCUGUAAGAUUGGAAACACAAGAUACUUUAGCUUCUUAAAUUCUGGCGAUAUUUUAUUAUAUUUCCCAGGCAACAGCGCGACUUGUUUGUGUUACAUAAUAAAGUGUGUUUCCGGUUGGUGUCACUGACCCUCUAACAGAGGUUCCUGUCUUA